AUGUUAAAAAUUGUAGAUAAGUUAAGAGAAUUAGUUUCAUAAGAAUUGUGGAUAAAGUUCUUCAAUUCUAUCAAUGGUAGAUUGAUGCUGAAAUUGAUAAUGUUAAAGUCAGUUGUCUUCGUGAUGAUGCUAGGGAUUUUAUUUGGCUAUAUUGGAAGUUCUGAAAAUAAAGUAAAAUUCCAUAUGAAUGAGGAUUUGGAUUACAGUCAAAAAUUAACUAAAACGAUUUUAUCGAAAGUUGAUGGGUAUUACAAACAUUUGAUUCUGCUUGCCUAUUUAUCAGAAAGAUCACCUACAACUUAUGUUUAUACUCCUAUCACAUUCAAUAAUUUUACUAUUUCGAAUGACACUUUCACUGAGAAGUACAUACUAUCACAUAAAUUGACUUAAAAUAAUAUAUCGUUAUAUAGAUCCUUAUACAAAAUAACAGAACCUAUGGAUUAAGAAGGAUGGUUAUAAACUUUAAGACUAGCUCAAAUUGAUAAGUAUAUUUUAGAAAUGAUGUUUAAUUAUGAUGAUAUUUAUAUCUUUUUUCGUCAAUUCUACCUCAUAAAUAAGCUAAAUAAAAUUAUUCAUUACUUCCCUGUUAUAGAAAAUAUGAAUGAAAAUUAUCUCAAUUUAGAAUAGAAAUAGUAAAUCCUAUAUAGUAAUGAAACAGUGAUAUUUUCAUAUCCAACUAAUUAUGGGAUGGUUUUAGGAAUUGGAUAUACCAAUAUAAUUAAAUAAAUUUUGUCAAACUUAGAGUCAUCAUUUUUUAUAAAAAUAUUUAAAACAGACAAUUCCUUUUAUGUUUCCAAUGAUUAAAACAUGAAUGAUCAAUGUGAGUGUUAGACAAAUAGAAUUUUAAAUAUCAGUUUUGAAUGUGACAUGCCGAAAGGAGAUAAUAACUAUUAUUCCAGUAAUUCAUGCAACUCAUUGUACGUUAGAGACAUAUCAACUGAUAGCUCGAUUAAAAUCUAUUUAGUAAUAUACAAAUAAAGAAUAAAUGAUUCAGUCUAAGCCUUAGAUUUAUUCAAUUUGGCAUGGCCAUAUUAUUUAAUAACAAUAGUAAUAUUUUUCAUUAAUAUUUUGAUCAUAAUAAAUAGAGUCAAUUUAUUUACUAGAGACAUUACAAAUCCAAUCAAGUAAGUCACUUAUAAAAUUGAUAAAAUCAUCAACAAUAUAUUUUAAAUCAGAAUCAUAAACAAAAUACAGGCUGAUGAUAUUUUAAUUAAGGAAGAUACUGAGGUUUAAUUAUUGUUGCAUGAAUUUUCUCGCUUAUUUGAACAAUUAAGAAAUAUGAACACCUUUAAUAUUUAAACAUUUGAAAAGAAAGAAAAGAAAGAUAUUUUGCCAAAACAAAAUGAUAAAUCAAUUGAAUAAAUUAAGACAUUGGUUAAUAAAUUUAGGGACUCAUAAUGA